AUGAAGUAUUUCGCAUCUGCCAUUCUUUUGUUCGCUGUUUUAAUUGGAGCAACCUUUGGUGCUCCAACCGACAAACCCGUCAAGGGUGCACAUUUUGACCGAAUUGUUGCGAUCAUAUUUGAAAACGCUAAUUAUGAUGAGGCGAUACAACAGCCUUAUUUACAAGAUUUAAUUAACCGUACUGAUGGGCUUCUUCUUUCAAAUUACCAUGGACCAAAUUAUAUUGCAACAAUUUUUGGUUCAACCGCUGGUAUCACAGACGAUGGUGCUCACAACCUUCCUGAUGUUAAUUUAGUUGACCUUCUUGAAGCUAAACAAAUCAGUUGGAAAGGUUAUAUGGAAACCUACCCUGGCAAUUGUUUCAACGGUACCUUUGCUCCUUCACAAACCAAUCAAUCAUACGCAAGGAAGCAUAAUCCAUUUAUAAAUAUGCAAGACGUAAUUACAAAUCCGACUCGUUGUGCGAAAAUAGUUGAACUCGGACAACUUGAUACUGACAUAAAUGAUAAAAACGUACCACAAUAUGCCUAUGUUGUACCAAAUCAAAUUCAUGAUGGACAUGGGAUAUCUGCACUUAGUAUUCCUGCAAAUUUAACAGCUGCGAUGGAAUGGUUCCAAGAUUGGUUUGAACCAAAGCUUAAAGAACCAUCCUUUACAACAAAUACAUUAUUCCUUAUUUAUUUCGAUGAAGAUGAUCCUAAUACGACAACAAAUCAUAUUUACGCCGCUCUUCUCGGUCAACCUGUUCAUCCUCCUCCAGACCACACUGAUGAUGGUAAUUACAAUCAUUACUCAUUUUUGGCUACCGUGGAGGAAAACUGGGAUUUAGGAAAUUUGGGUAGAUUAGAUGCAAAUGCCACUCUGUUUACUAAAUAUUUGAAAAGUAGUAAUAAAUAA